UGUGUCUUAGUAUGGGUGUCAAUCUUUAAUCCAUUUAAUUCCUACACCCACACCAAUCUGAGUAUGAUUAGAAUCAAAUCAUCUAGACAAUUAGAGAAGAAUUCAAAUUAACCGACGAGUUCUUAAAGCAAUGAAAAAACCUUUUUUGAUAAACUCUGCUCGCUCGGACAUCCAUUUAAUUGAUACCAUAACUUUAUUUGGAGGUUGUGAGUUACAGUAAUGUAUAUUAUAUGUUAGCAACAGUUAUUCCAUGUCAUGCACAUAAAUCACACAAUUCAAAGUUACUUUGACAAAAAUCAUCAUAUUCACCAGCAAGUAGUACUUUUCUAUUGGUUAAUAAGGAAGCUGUGUGUGAUAUUCGUGCCUAUAUCAUACUGCCAGUAUCAAGCCAUUCUAAAAGGGUAUGAGCGGUUCAGAGAAAGUUUUACGCUUUUCAUAAGGGGUAUUUUUAACUGACGUGAGUAGAACCAAACAGAUUAAGAAAGCUUUAUUUCAUCAAUUAACAUCUAAGUGUAACGGUAUAUUCUCUUUUUUUUUGACUUCGUUUCGAAUUAUUGAAGAAAACAUUAUAACACUUGACAGUAAGAAGUAAUGUCUAGAUGUUAAAGAUAAGAGAUACCUGAUUUGACAGCGCUAGACGAUUAAAAUCUAGUUAGUUCUUAGCUGAACUACCAAUCAAUAUGAAAGACUUCUUAUUCAGACAUAGUAAAGACACCAAAUCAUUCUGAUUGAAAAACAUAUGUUUACGAUCCAAAGAGAAAAGAGUGGACUUGAAAUAGGAAAAUACAUCAAAUUAUUUCAAAGUAGCCUACUGGAACUAUAGGUUCAAAGUAACUUCAAAUCAUAAAUGAACAAGCCUUUUAUGUGAGUUUAACAAUAGCUUCAAAUGAAUAAAGCAUAGAUAUGGAUUGACAUCAGUUCUUAUAAGUCACUUCUUCGUUUUUAGUUGUAUACCACACGUAAGAGUUUAUCAAAUACAGUGUGCACUCCAAAUGUUUUCUGUCAGUUCUGUAAACCGAUUUUCAUGGAGUGACUUUCAUGUGGUUUGUCCACUUAUUGUCACCGCAGGGUGAAUAUAAGUGUGGGUGUGAGUUUGCGGUGUGGGUGUGGGUGGGUGUGGCUGUGAAUGUGGGUGUGGAUGUGGGUGUGCGUGUGCGGGUAUAGGUGUGACUGUGGGUGUGUGUAUGGGGUGUGGCUGUGGGUGUGGGUGUGGGUGAGGGUGUGGGUGAGAGUGUGGGUGUGAAUGUGGAUGGGUGGGGUGUAGGUGUGUUUGUUUGGCGGUCGCUGUUUCUGGAUGUUGAUCUAAAAAGUGAAUAAAGAGACCAUCCACCCCAACACCCACACCCACACCCACACUCACACCCAUACCCACACCCACACCCACACCCACACCCACACCCCACACUCCACACUCCACACCCACACCCACACCCACCCACACCCACACCCCACACUCCACACCCACACCCUCCUCCUGAACCACUGAAAUCAUUAAUGUCAGGAACAACGCCUGAAUCGAAGCAUUUCUUGGAUAACAUUAGAAAAUACAAUUCCUGCUUUCAAAUGACAUCUUUUGACACGUCAGAGAAAGUGGCUGACCCAGGCUUCAUGCCUACUUUCAGAGUUCAGGGUCAAGUAUAUCAUCGCGUAGGAUCUCUGCUGCCGCCUUCGAAUGAAGAACAUAAAUUUCUUCAAAUUUACUUCAUGGGCGACGAUCGAAAAGAAGUACAACAACGUUGCAAAAACAUGCCUGGCGUACGUCAAGACAUUGUCGAGAAACUGCAGCAAAUGGUUUAUGAGCACCACAUUUAUGUUGAUCUUUUCAACACUGCCCUUCAAAGAAUGCCUACAGAUCAAUAGAAGGUGCUUAUUCGAGCAGACAUGAAACCUGUUGGAGAGCAUGCACGUCGUUUCAAUGAGUCAGUGACAAAUGAAGUGGCGGUUGUCAUCGCUGGCAACGACUUUGAGAAACGAGAUAUUGUCUUGGAGAAGAAAAAUGGUCAGUCACAGAGAGUAUCGGAGACACACAGAUCGUAUGAUGCCUUGCAAUAUCCUCUCAUCUUUUGGAAAGGUGAGGAUGGCUACCAUUUUCUUAUCGAACAGACUGAUCCAACAACUGAAAUGGCUGUCACUGGCAAAAAGGUGUCGGCUAUGAGUUUUUAUGCUUAUAAAAUUAUGGUAUGAAAUGGUGCUGUCAAUCAUAUCUUACAGUGCCGACAACUUUUCCAUCAGUAUGUGGUUGACAUGUACGCAAAGAUCGAAAGUGAAAGAUUAUCUUUUCUACGUUAUAAUCAAAAAAAAAGCUUAGAGUGGAUGAAUACAUUCACCUGAAAGAUGCUAUAGCCAAUGAUGGACGAGCUGACAAUCUUGGUCAAUUAGUGAUUCUACCAGUAACUUUCACUGGAAGUCCCCGGCACAUACAUAAAUAUACACAAGACGCUAUGACUUAUGUAAGAAACCACGGAAGACCCGACCUCUUUAUAACAUUCGCCUGCAAUUCUAAGUGGCAAGAGAUUCAAGCAGAAUUAAUGGACGGUCAAGCUCCCUCUGAUCGUCGUGACCUAUUAGCAAAAGUGUUCAGACAAAAGCUCAUUAAAUUGGUCAACAUUAUUACCAAAAGCCAUGUAUUUGGGCCAACAAGAUGCUGGAUGUAUUCUAUUGAAUGGCAAAAGAGAGGACUACCACAUGCCCAUAUUUUGAUAUGGCUGAAGAACAAAAUUAAAGCAGAUCAAAUAGAUAGCGUAAUCAGCGCAGAAUUACCUGAUCCCGAACGAGAUCCUCAACUAUUUGAAAUAAUUAUCAAGACUAUGAUUCACGAUCCAUGUGGAAGUAUCAAUCCAAACUUUCCGUGUAUGGAAAACAAAAAGUGUACAAAAAGAUAUCCAAAACAACUUUUGCAUGAUACAGAAACUGGUGAUGAUGGAUAUCCAUCGUAUAGAAGAAGAAGUUCAGAAGAUGGUGGUAUCAAAGCCAAAAUCAAAAUGAGAAUUAAUAACUCCAUUCAAGAAAUCGAAAUUGACAACAAGUGGGUUGUGCCAUAUUGUCCACUACUCUCUCGGGUCUUUCAAGCCCACAUUAAUGUGGAAUAUUGCAACUCGGUAAAAUCAAUCAAAUACAUCUGCAAAUAUGUCAACAAGGGCAGUGAUCAGGCAGUGUUUGGUUUGGGAAGAGAUGGAGCACCAGUUGAUGAAAUUAGUAACUACCAGUUAGGUAGACACAUCAGUAGCAAUGAGGCAGUCUGGCGAAUCUUGGAUUUUCCAAUUCACUAGCGAUAUUCAACCGUUGUUCAUUUGGCUGUUCAUUUGGGAAAUGGUGAAUGCAUUUAUUUCACCAAAGAUAAUGUUCAUGAGAAAGCUAAUGAACCACCAAGAACAACACUAACAGCAUUUUUCUUGCUCUGCCAGAAAGACGACUUUGCCAAAACGCUGUUGUACUGUGAUGUUCCAAAAUACGACACAUGGAACGCGUCUGAAAAAUUGUUUAAGCGACGUGUUCAAGGAACUGUUGUGCUUGGUCAUCCAGACAUUAGAGAAGGAGAUGUGUUGGGUCGUGUUUACACUGUGCAUCCUAAUAAUUUCGAAUGCUUUUUCCUACGACUCUUACUUCAUGUGGUCAGAGGCCCUACUUCAUUUGAAGCUCUUCGAACUGUAAACGGUCAGAUCUGUGCAACAUUUCGUGAAGCAUGUCAAUUACAUGGAUUACUGGAAGAUGAUCAACAAUGGGAUGCCACCAUGUCCGAAGCAGCUGCAGCUCAAUCGCCAGCAAGAUUAAGAAAUCUAUUUGCUCUUAUACUAGCUGUUUGUGGACCAUCCAGUCCAAAACAAUUAUGGGAGUCGUACAAAGAAAGCCUGACUGAAGACAUUCUGACAAAUGCUCGCAGACAAAAUCCUGGAAUGAAUUUGGAUUAUACACCAGAUAUGUUUAAUCAUGCACUGAUUAUUAUUGAAAGUAAAGUUUUAGAGAUGGGUGACGAAGAACUUGACAAAUUAGAGCUCCCAACUCCUCAACAAAAUUCGAGUGAUCGAUUAAACAGUGCAAUGCUCAGAGAAACAAGUUUUGAUGUGAAAGAGUUGGAUGCUUAUAUAACAGCAAAUGAGCCACUGUUGGUGCCGGAUCAGAGAGCUGCAUACAAUGCGAUUUCGGAUCAGAUCGAGAAGAAAGCUGGUGGAAUAAUCUUCCUUGAUGCACCUGGUGGAACAGGGAAGACAUUUGUCAUUAAUUUGUUAUUGGCUAAAAUCCGGCAUCAGUCAAAGAUUGCGAUUGUGGUCGCCUCUUCCGGUAUCGCUACUACGCUGCUUCACUGUGGUCGUACUGCGCACUCGACAUUAAAGUUACCUCUUAAGUUUUUGGAAAAUCAAACUCAUGUCUGUAGUAUUACCAAAGGAACUGGCAAAGCAAAGGUUCUGCAAGAAUGUGAACUUAUUGUAUGGGACGAGUGCACAAUGGCUCAUAUGUAUGCAUUAGAAGCUUUGAACCAUACUUUACAGGAUCUUCGUAACAAUGGAAAGAAUAUGGGUGGAGUAGUUGUACUUAUUGCUGGCGAUUUUAGGCAAACAUUACCAGUUAUUCCAAAGGGUACCAUGGCUGAUGAGCUAAAAGCUUGCUUGAAAUCUUCGUAUCUUUGGAGACAUGUUGUACCAUUAAAACUCAGUACUAACAUGAGAGUGCACUUACGAGGUGACGUAUCUGCCGAUCGUUUCGCUGAACAACUUCUCGCAAUUGGAAAUGGCAAAAUACCUGCUGACCCAGUCAGUGGACUUAUUAAUAUUUCAGACAACUUUUGCAAUAUCGUUGAAUCAGUCGAAGAACUCAAGAAUACAGUGUUUCCAAACAUUCAAACUCAGUACAAGGAUCACAAAUGGUUAUGUGAACGUGCUAUUCUGGCUCCGAAAAACGUCAAUGUAAAUGCUAUCAAUCUACAAAUACAGCAACAACUUCCUGGUGAAGCUAUAUCUUACAAAUCAAUUGAUACAGUUAAAGAUAUCGACAUGGUAGUUCAGUAUCCAACUGAGUUUCUUAAUUCACUCGAACCUUCUGGAAUGCCACCACAUAACUUGCGUCUGAAAAUUGGAUCAUCUAUUAUGCUCCUAAGAAAUCUGGAUGCACUAAGAUUAUGUAAUGGUACAAGGCUAUGUGUCAAAACUCUAAUGCCUCAUGUAAUCGAAGCAACGAUCAUGACAGGUUGUGCAAAAGGUGAAGAUGUAUUCAUACCAAAAAUACCUUUGCUCCCUUCUGAUAUACCAUUCGAGUUUACACGACUUCAGUUUCCAGUACGGCUUGCCUUCGCAAUGUCUAUUAAUAAGGCUCAAGGGCAAUCACUUAAAGUUGCUGGUGUCAAUUUAGAAACUCCUUGCUUUUCUCAUGGUCAACUUUAUGUGGCAUGCUCGAGAGUAGGAACGGGAAAGAAUUUGUAUGUUUUUGCUCUAGAUGGAAAAACGAAGAACAUCGUGUACAAUACAGCUAUACAAUGA